GGUGCGUCCGCUGUUCGUGAGGGCUGUUCUAUUUCGCGAGAUGUUCCCUUUUGGUAACGAACGACGCAGCGUACGGCGGUGCGACGAGGAAGUGCGCCGAGCGAUCUCGAAGAUUAGACGCGAACACGCGGCCGCCUGUCAACUCGACGAACUCGUGGGGCUGCGCGUUAAAUUGGGAUUUCUUAUUAAUCGCGAGUGCGCUCGGUGUCGCGCCGGGUGCACGUGUGAAGAAUUCACGCGCAGCCAGGACGACGGGAAUGACGGACCGUAAGAGCAGCGGACACGUGGGUCGCUUCGGCGUGCUCGAUGUCUCGUGAAUAUUUUGUGACGACUGCUGUGGUGUGCGAACCACUGUUCUGAAACCUGGUCUGUUACUGUGUUUCGCGGCGUUCUCAGCAGGAAGAUACGUCACCCCGGUUGGACUAUUGCGACUUCGAAGAGGCGGUCGACGCGAAAUGUACCGGAAACGAUGGACCGUAAAAGCAUUGGGAAUGGAUUUGCGGUAUAGCGGUAAUGGGGCCGGUCGGCGCAAACCCUUCAAAAUGAUCAGCAUCUUCUUCCUCGCUAUGCUGCUGCACGGAAACAUCGCGCACGUAUCGAGUCACUACAAGGCGGAUUUCCAAGAACACGCGACGCUGGAGACCGAUCCGUACUUUGACACCGCGGCAUCGUCCGACGUCACCGGCUUAGUCGGGAAAACCGUCGAGCUGAUGUGCAAAGUGAAGAAUCUCGGUAACCGAACGGUUUCAUGGGUGAGGCAUCGUGACAUUCAUUUGUUGACAGUCGGUCGCUACACUUACACGAGCGAUCAGCGUUUCGAGGCAAUGCACACGCUUCACGCGGAAGAAUGGAUCCUGCGGAUACGAUAUCCGCAGGAAAAGGAUUCCGGUAUCUACGAGUGCCAGAUAUCCACCACCCCGCCUAUCGGCCAUUGGAUUCACCUCACCGUUGUUGAACCCGUGACGGAAAUAGCCGGUGGUCCGGAUCUGUUUAUCAACAAGGACAGCACGAUAAACUUAACGUGCUACGUGAGAUUCGCGCCCGAGCCGCCGUCGACGAUAAUUUGGAGUCACAACCACCAGGCGAUUAACUUCGACUCACCGAGGGGUGGCAUCAGCCUGGUAACGGAAAAAGGACCUGUGACUUCGAGCCGUUUACUCAUUCAGAAGGCGAUCGAGAGAGACUCCGGCCUUUACACGUGCUCGCCCAGUAACAUUCAUCCUAACAGCGUACGGGUCCACAUAGUCAACGAAGAACACCCAGCGGCAAUGCAGGGCAACGGCGACAGAAUGGCCGCGACGUUGCUUCCGGUCGUCCUACUUCUUUGGAUGAUAUUCUAGCCGGCGCUAUGCACUCCGGGUUGAAUGCGCGGAACUUAACGCGCCGGUCGGCGAACUCCUACGCGAGAACCACCGGUUCGUGAGGUUCUGUCUCGCGGUUUUGUCGUCGGGGAUCCAACUCACUGCGACGCGCAUUCGACACGUCUCUUCUGCGAAAGUAGCGGAAUCUCAGCGGGGAUUCGCGUCGCGUAGUUCCUUUUCCUCUCUUUCUCUCUCUCUCUCUCUCGUUGCGUUUCUCCCGUUUCGUUGUUACGCCGAUUGGGAGGCAUCCUGCCGUUGCGGAAGAUUCAAUUGCCGCAACGUCGUCGUCUGCGAGCUGAGGAAGGACUAUUGUUGGUGGGUAGUUGCACUGGUAAAUGUUGCCACUAAAUAUAUUCAGUUGCACGUGUGAUGAAACGAUGAUGAUAUUUUCGAGACAUUGAUGAGACCGAAAUGUAGCCUGUUUGAUACUCGAGAACUACGUACGGGAAUAAUCAUUCGUUUGUGGAGCUUCCUCGAAAAUUAUUUAACGACACUUCUGAACCGCUCAUCAUUAAUUCCUUCACCGUAAUUGGCAGGUAAGAGUUCUCCCGCGGCAUAUCGUAACGCGAUUCACUCACCGAAAUCAGAAACUCCCGCGAUACUUUCAAGGUCGUUGCUAUUUUGCGAAAAAGAAUAACGCCUAGAAUCUUGCCCCGCUACUGCGGAAACAAGCGCGAAGUCUUUUUCUGUUCCGGCGGGAAGUCGCAAGUCCGUUCCCGUCGUCUGGAAUCUUUCCUCACUUUUAAAAAUAAAAAUCGUCCGCGAGGAAGAAGAACACUUUCGCGAAGGCGGAGAAUAGCCAUGUGCGAAUAUAGACCGGUGUGACCUAAGAGAACGAUCCAACAAACAUUUCUGCGAAUUUGCGCGAAGAAGAAGAACGGCAAAAGUGCACCGUUACCGAAGGAAUCCGCUUAUGAAGGCGGCACUUUCCGAUAUUAAGUCAAUUGGAGGAAAGUCUGUUUGCGCGAUGUGUCCCGUGUGAAUUUCACCAAUAUUCGCGGAGCCGGGCGAAUUUACGUCCACGUAAAAUCGCAUGCGCCAAUUAAAGGCGGUGCAAAUUUCGUCGAGGCAUUCCUCAGGAUAUCCGGACGUUACAAUGAAAUCUGUGAAUGAAGUCUGUCAAUGAAGUCCAACUCUUUGCUGAUCCGACUGUCAAUCAUUGGCCAAAAUUUCAUUAUCCAGUUACAAAUCAUUAUUAACAAUUAAUUAGAUGUCUAUUCCGCAGUGUGUUUAUAAUAUAUGGAUGAUUUUAUAACGCGAUAUCAGCAGUGACUAUAACGAAAACGUAAAUUGGAGCAGCUUACAAAAAUUAAAUCAUAAUUCAUUUUUAUAUCAUAACAAACGGAAGUUUAGUUUUUUUACGGUACGAGCCUUUUUCUGCGAAUCGUUUGAAUAAAGAUUGAAAAAUCGCACUUCGCACUAUUGUAGAUUCGUCUUGAAAUGAUUUUAAGCGAAUCAAAAUUAACCGAUAGAGCGGCACAAUCGCUUCACGGUCAAAAGCGGAAUAUUCUCAGCUAUAAAAUGCAAUUUACCGCCGUGUCGCUGCAACAUUUUUUACGCGGAAAUAUCAGCGAGCGCGCGCACGCGCAGCGAAUCCUUUGACGGGGACCGAAGCCCGGCGACAAUGUUACGCAUCGUACCUUCUCGAUCAAACGCGCCGUCAGAAGAGGGACAGGUGUCCAAGUGCGCGGCACGAACGUACUACAAUAUGUGACAAGCGUGCCGCCGAUCGACCCCUUUCGAACGGUGAUGCUGCGCUCCGACUGAAAAAAUAAACAGCCGAAUCGGGGCGGAAAAUUGACGUACGAACGUGAAAUAAAUGCCAUUCUGCUUGGUAUCUCGCGCAGCACGCGUUUUGCGUCGCUCGCGUAUGUGCUCUUAUCGUGUGACGAGUGUGUUCGCAUGUAUGAUUACGACGCAUAAUAUACGCGACGCAAACGGAAACGCCAAGAUACAUUUCGAUACGGAAGUAUAAUGAGCGUCGGAACGUUUUAUUUAAAUAAAAUAUGAACCUUCCGGCGUAAUUUAUUGGAAGAAUUUCGCACAGAAGUUUCCGCGUGAUCCGCCACCUUUCCCGAAUUACGCACGCGUGAUUUCGAAGCGUAAAUUAAUAUCACGAAACCAACGGGCAUUGUGCAAAAAAAAUUUAUUUUUCGACGAUGUAUGGUUGCGAAUAUUCGCCAGAGAGCUGGUUGCAGAUGUUGGACCCGAGUUAUCAUUUGAUCGCAAUUCAACGCUGCUAACAUCGGGUCUGACAUAUUGUCCAGCGUCAAGUAAUGGUUCGACACUAGGCCGUUUGUAAAAUUCUAUCGCCGCAAUAGCUGAAAUACACUCACUACACACAGAUUUCCACAGGAGUAAAAUUUUAUUAAUUAGAAAACGUGUCUGAAGGAGACUAUCGUGCGUCACGUUAGUGUUUCCGACAAUGAAAUUUUACUCUGCGAGAUGUGAGAAUUUCGACGCGCGAAUACGAAUCACUUUAACAAGGAGAAACAUGUUGGGAAGGGAUAUAGUCUCGUCGGCACUCGCGAAUGUCGGGAAUAUUUAUCGGCAGAAGCGCCGAAUGAAAUUGCCACUUUUAUUUGGUCCCGGUCCGCUGUAACUACUCGUUCUCGUUUCGGUGCUUUCCAUUUUUGCUGAAAUUCUCAGAUACAUUAUGAACACCUCGGCGGCUUUUACGAUUUUCACGUCUCGCACGUGACAACGUUAAAUUCGCGACUCGGCUGAAGUACAUUGUUUUAGAAACUAUCAGAAGGCAAAUCCCGGAUUAAGGUAAUCGAUGCGAGAGAAUGAGAGCGAGUUAACGAAGUGUGUCGGAUUAUACGACGAAAUACACAUCGCAUCGGCGAGAAGCGAACGAGACGAGUUCAUAGGUUCGUUCGUACGAGAGAGAGGGAGAGAGUAAAUUGCAAACAGACGCAUCUCGUACAUAUCAGACGAUAAAACUCGCUGAACUUUGGGUGGAUAGACGCGCUGACGGGCCUGCGGAACGUAGAAUCUGAAACUUGGAAACUUGCAUGCGAAAGAGAGAGAGAGAGAGAGAGAGAUGGCUUUCAUGUAGGUACGUAAAUAUAACGGGACUUUUCCGGGGCUCAGCCGGCGGUGUAGCGCGCAUCUACAGGAAGAAGGCAGGUUUAUUCGCUGAACUUAUAAUGGCCUCGACUUCGAGGCGGAUUUUAUCCUCGUUACGGCCACUGGUAAAAACGGUACUGUUUGAAAGUGCAUUAGCUCUCUUCCUCUCCCUCGCUAUCUCCCCUUCUCUCUCGGGGAUUCGUGCGCGAUGCGCUCGGACAAUCCCAAGACUUUUCGCCCCCUCGAGCCGGAGCGAGAGAGCAUUGUGUCUCCGUAGCGAGCUGCAUUGUUGCGCCGGAAGUGUAGCUCGCGUCUCCAGGACCAUUCAACGGGAACGUUAAAACGGCCUGGAUAUCCGCGUCCUCGAUGUCUUCGUCGUUAUUAGCGUCGGUGACCGAAUCUUUCUUCUGUCAAUGGGACCAUGUAACCGAGGAGCGCGCUGGUCCGAUCGAGCGAGCGUAACUCUCUCACGUUUAACAAUCUCGUCCUCCAGCGUGCCCGCGUAACAAACGGUCCUACGCUUGCUGUGUAUAAUAUCGUAUUAGACACGUAACCGUAAGAAUGAAUAAGUCAGCGGCAGUCUUUCACCUAGCUUGUAACGGGCGCCGGAGCUCAUCGUAUCUCGAGAGAGAAUAAUGCGUAGAGAAUACGUUUUUAUAGACACCGGCGGUGUAUGCGCGCCCGAAGCGAGCGGAGAAAGCGCGACGGAAGCGCGACACCCUUCCCGACCGAGAUCUCAUUUUCAUAAGCGCCUGUACAUAAUCGCCAAAUUGUCACACUGUGGAUCGAAGACCUGCGUUUGUCGGCGUUGUAUGCGGUUUAAUAAAAGAAUGAGAAAAA